UUUGCCAUAGGCCGGUUGAAGAGCAGAAAGGCACCAGGAAUCGAUGGCAUACAACCAGAGAUAUGGAAGCAUGGGGGUUCUGUCCUACAUGCUAAACUCCACGAGCUCCUCGUUGCAUGCUGGAAACAGGGUAAACUGUCACGAGAUCUCCGCGAUGCUGUCAUCAUUACACUACAAAAACAAAGGGGUAAAGUCAGAUUGCUCAAACUGUCGGGGGAUCACCUUGCCUUCCAGUGCAGGAAAAGUUCCAGCAAGACUACUCCUCAACAAACUCGUUCUGUCCAUCACUAAAAAUCAUCUCCCAGAAAGCCAAUGUGAUUUCAGAGCCAACAGGGGCGCAACAAAUAUGGUUUUCGUUCUCAGGCAGCUCCAAGAAAAGUACCGGAAGAAAAACAAAGUGCUCCCUGCAACAUUUGUCGAGCUGAUAAAAGCGUUCGACGCUGUGAGCAGAAAAGGUCUGUGGCAGAUCCUAGAUCAACUCGGCUGUCCCCCAAUUCCUAACCAUGAUCAUCCAGCUUCAGAAAGACCUACAAGGACAAGUCCACCUGAACAGCAACAUAUCAGAGCCAUUCCCCAUCAACAACGGUGUGAAGCAGGUCUAUGUCCUAGCACCAACUCUCUUCAGUAUCUUUUUCAGCAUGAUACUCAAGCAGGCCACUGCAGACCUCGAUGCUGA